UAGGUUAUGUUGAGUCGUUAGGUUGGGAAAAAAUAUACUGUUUAGCUGCGGUUUAGCAUUAGUAAGCUUAUAUAGCUGUUUGGUUUGGACAUCAACCAUGUAUAACUUUUUCGCACUUUUUAAAAUCCCUCAUAAGUCAUAAAACUAACGAUAAAGAGAAGUUUAGACAUGUGUUUCACAACAAUUAAACGUAUUAGUUGAAUAUGCAAAGAUUGUGGUGUAAAUGUUGAAAGAUAAAAAGGAUAAUUACUUAAAAAUCGAAAAGAAUCAAGUUAAGGUUAGAUUAGUCAGAAUUGCCAAAUAGAAACAAAAGUUUACUUGCACGGAAAAAAAGUUGAAAAGGAAAAUAGUGAUGUUUGAUGAUAAACAUUUAUUUGUGUGAUAUAAAAUGAAACGUCGACAUAGAAAGCCAGUUCUCGACAUCAAUGGAGAAUCUGACUCAUCAAGAGGACGCUGGCCGAGCGAACGUCAAUCACAAAAUGGAUCACCAAGCAAUCCUCUUUCAAAUUUAAUUACUCAGUACAAUUCAGAUAGCGAGGGAGACUAUGAAUCAAAACCAAGAGCACACAAAUUGAAUGAUCAAGUUAACGAUUUUUUAAAGGAAAUUCAGUCGAUUGCUCCUGAAAACUCUGACAAGUCUAAUCAAGGUUCCAUUAUGUCACAUCCAAGUUCAUUUUGGCAAGAGUGUUAUGAUGAGCAAACUGGCUACCCGUAUUAUUGGCAUACAGAGACAAACCAGGUAACAUGGGAAAUACCAACAGAGUUGAAGGCUAUUAAAGAGAAAGGUACCGCAGCUCCACAUGGUUCACAUGUCCCACAGUGGUCAAAUAUACCUGCCAAUAAGUUUUCAUCUAGUAAUAUUCCUGAUGGCAUGAUUCCAAAAGAGGUAGUGCAGAGAAAUAGAAAUAGGCAAGCUGGUAUCAAAACAAUACCUGAAAAACCUUCAAGUAAGCCAAAUAUAACCAAAUCUCCAGGAUUUAAGAUGAGCGAUGAUGAUGAAGGAAAAAUUGAAAUGAUAACAUCAUUUGGUAAUGACGAAAGUGAGUCUGAAGAAAGCGAACAAGAAGAGAAGCAGAAGAAACAAGCUCCAAUGCCUAGAAAGUCUGCCUUAAAAGCUUCUAAACCAGCUGAUGUGCCGAGCAAACCACGCGAACCAAAUAUUACAAUUGGCCAAGCGUUACCUCCUGUGCAUUAUGGACCGCAAAACAGGGAGUCUUUGAGCGAAAAAUUAGCUCAGAACGUGAACAGGGAAAAGAAAACUAGUUCAGUCAUGAGCUCUAGCGAAGAGGACAUUCUGACAAGACUGAAAAAUCAAGCAAAACUUCUACAGAAACAGAAUUCUAAGGUUGAAAACGAAUCGAGUACAUCUAACGAUAAAGAUGACUCUCAGAAAGAUGUAAAAAUGUCUUUGGUACCAGGCUAUGAUGAUGAUUCAGAAGGUGAGGAAGAUACACGAAAGAGCAGCACAAUUAAGCCCUUGUUUCCUAUUGCCGAAACUUCGCAUUCUCAUAAUUCAAAUUCUGGAAAAGUUGCAAAAAAUAUCGAAACGAACACAGGCAAGAUUAGGAUAUAUGAAUACAAGAAUUCCGAGUCGAAUGAUGAUGAAGAAAAAAAUGAUGAAGAUACUAAGAGUAAUGAAGCUACAGGAGAUAAGCCAGAAGAUGAGAAAAUUGAUCUCGAGUCAAAAGCGAAUAAAUUUCUGGAAAGUAUCGACGCCCCUUCAAAAGCUUUCCAGAGAAAAAAGCGUAUUGCUUUUGAUGUGGCUCCAACGAAGAACAAAGCGCCAGAGUCAACUAGAACCAAAGAAGAUUCUCCACCAGUUCACAUGACGGACGGUGUUGAGCGUCGAGGUUUUGGAUUUUCCAAAGAAAACUCACCCGACGAAGAGAAUAGCAAAAUUGAUAGUGAAACGACGAGUAAGAAACCGAUGGGAAUAACAUUUAUUAAAAGCUCAGCGCCUACAGAAGACACCAACUACAACAAUAGCAAUAGCGUUGCUAAAACCAAAGAAAUUACCGAAGCGGAUAAGAUAGCUAUGAGAGAACAAACUGGACCUAUCAUGGAAAAACUCAAGUUUUUGUCGGAGGGCAGUCCUGCUGCAUCCGCUGUUCAAAUUAUGGCUAUACAAAUACAGACACUGCUGGCAGCGUGGGAGUCCGGAAGUUUAAGCGAGUCGUAUUUACGCAACUGGCUGACAGGUACAGGCUGCGAGUUAACACGCCUCGAGCAGACGGCCGCUCCGCCAGGCUGGGAGUGUCAAUGGGAUAGGUCGCAUAAGCGCUACUAUUACCGUAACACCUCUACUGGCGAGGCACAAUGGACAUACCCGCAGACUGGUAUAGCUGGUGGCGCCGAGGAAAUGGAACUUUGCACUACUCCACCGCCUCCUGAACACGAAGAGCCCCCGAUCAUUGAAAUGAGCGCGCAGACAACGACUAUGAGUAACGACAGCUGCAAGCCAGAGAACAAUGUUGAUCCACAAUCGAAACAAGAACCGCCAACGGAAGCACCACCACCGCCAACGAUUUCGGGCCCACCAAGUCCACCGCCACCUCCGCGUAUUAAUGCGGAGGAUCUUAAACGCGGAAGGAAACGGAAAGGUAGUCCUGACGUCGAUGGUUCUACGUCCAAAGGUUUGCAUUCUCAUCCGAUACUGCCAAUUACCAAUACAUGGCAACCCAACGAAGUAUCGCUUGCAGAAGUUGAGCCAGCAGAAAUAGCAUACACACUACCCACCUCAGCCUUAGAAGCCGGCGUACUCUACGGCGCUCAGCAAACCAAUCCGAUCUACGCGGCGACCCUGGCUGGUGCAGCUGGAAUUCCUCUUCUCUCGCAUCCUCACACAGCUCUGAUGCAGGGACAACUUAUGCACUAUACUCCAGCUUAUCAUCAGCACCUCCAUAACCAAGCAUUGGUGGCAAGGUUGUCGGGCCAAGAGGCAGUCGCUCAAUUUAUGGUCGCUGAGUACGCAAGGGUUUACGACCAGAAUAAUCAAGUGAUUGCCAAACCACCGGUUAAAAUGCCGCACGAAGCUUCCCUAGGUUCGGCUCUCAAUUCGUUCUACAGCGAUAUUGCGUCCAUGGAAAAGUCUAAUGCUGUAGCUGAGGCUGCUGAAAAAGAAAGGUUGCAAGCUGAACACAUGAGGCUGACUACCGACAUUCAACAGCAGCCGGUGAUGAUGCAAGCUGUGUCGAUGGAAGGUGAGGUUACUGAGACCAAAGAGAAGAAAAAGAAAAAGCUUAAAACUGGAAUCGGCAAAAAGCAGAAAGAAAUGUCGAGUAUGGUGGCAAAGUGGCAGAGAGCUCAGCUUAAUUACAAGGAAGGACAUUAAUAAGUAGUUGCUGGCCCAUUCAGUAUGUGGAUAAUUUUUAAAUACUGUAAAUAUGAGUACAAACGAUGUAAUUUAACUAUUUUUCAACUACUUCUUGUAAGACUUGUAACGUAAGCAAUUUAAUUUUACCUCUGUAAAUUUCACUAUAAAACUAAGACUUGUAAAAUAAGUAAGCAUAAUAUUAAUAAA